AUGGCUGCGUGUAGCAGAGGUGGAAGAAAAGCAAUAGAAAUUCUCCUAAACCAUCCAAAUAUUGAUGUCAAUAUUGUCGACCAUAAUCGUGAAAACUGUAUUUUUUAUACUAGUUUCAGAUCGCCGAGCAAGAAUAAUCAUGACUUGCUGUUGAAUACUAAUAUUAAUAUCGAUAUCAGGAACAUUUACGGGAAGUUACUGAUAGAAUCAUCCCCAUCUUUUGAGCUGUUCAAUCAUAUUGUUGCACUGAUGGUCGCGGGACUCAACGUCUCCGAAAAUAACAUCGAAGCUUUCGAUGGCAGAAGAUACAAGAAAUUUCAAGCUCAAUGCUUACAAGAGAUUGAAUUGUUAAAGAGCACCAAAGAAUUGAUAACCAACUGGUCUUGCUUCAGGAUUCUUCGUACAUCUCAAAAUCUGCUGGCUCUGCGCUUCAAAAAUUUUCAGAUUCCGGAACACCAAGGAGAAGAAUGGAGCGAAAAGUUUCCAAUUUAUGGGAAAAUGCUUGCAUUUAACUUCAAAAAAGCUCUUCAAAGGAAGAUUUUGCUUAAAAAAACAGAUCAGGUGCUUUUUGAUAUCUUCUAUCGGAAACUGCCAGCUACUUUUAUCAAUGAUUUGUACCAUUAUAUGAGUAACUAUAAUUUAUCUAAAUUAGUUGAAUUGUACUGGGUUAGGACGUCAGUAGUAUUAGGAACAAGUCAAGUUGAAAUCACGUGGGAAAUACCAUCUGACACGAAACCUGGAAAAUAUCGAAUCGGACAUUAUGGAUCGUACCAAUAUAUAUUUGGUGGCAAAUAUCCUUAUGAGGGUUUCUCGAAUUUAUUCGAAGUUAAAUCACAAGGGAGUGCGUAA